GGUAGGAUAAGAUCUCUCUAUCGGACGUGUGUACGUACCGGUGUGUGAAUCUUACUCCGCUUAUUCCUCCGUUUGGUACUGCGUCCCAACCUCGUCUUCGGAAGAUUUUGUCGGAUUAGCGCACUCGUCGUAAAAUCUACCGGAGGUUCAUCAGAGAUCUCGCUCACAAGAAUGACAUAAUCCAACAUUUUAAGAUGAAUCUGUUGACGUCGCUGCAAUUUGUUCGCGAUUUUUCGAAAUGGUGCAAGCGCAACCUGCAUUCUUAUUGAUGGAACGAGGAACGCCGUCGACCGCCCAGACGAAUCGAUAAACCGGUGCGAGUGGUGUUGCGGCGGUGGAAGAUAUCCAAGAGUCUAGCCACCUCCGACCGGAGAGCGUUCGGCUUGUCGCCGGAUUGAUUUUUGUGAAGCAGCAACCGCGCGGCGCGAGGAUGAUGACUUGUUGGGUCCUGGUCGGGGUGUUUGUAACCAUCGUGCUCAUUUAUGGCCUCAUCGAAUUUCAUUAUUUUCUACGCAUGUUCCUCACCGUCUUCCUCGCGCGUUACUGCAAAAAAAGGGUGCACAUCCUUGAUGAAACUGUGAUUUAUGGCAUUUGCACUACCAAUGACGUGGACGCGCUUUUGUAUCAUAUGAAUAACGCGAGGUAUCUUCGCGAACUCGAUUUUGCGAGAGUAGACUUUUACGAAAGGACCGAUCUCUACCGAGAAGUUUGUUCUCAAGGAUCAGGUGUUGUACAAGGAGCUGCCACUAUACGCUACAGGCGUUUCAUCAAGCCGCUAACAAUUUUUAAAAUAACAUCUAAGGUAAUUCAAGAAAUUUAAAU